GGUCAAAUUUGGCUGGCCCCGUUGCUCGGGUCAAAACACCCUUUUACUUCGGGUUGGGAAGAAUGGACCCCUUUGGGGAAAGCCAUGGCCGUAAGGAAUCUUGACCAUGCUGGACCCACAUUGGACCACCUGUGACACCGGCUUUGCAACUUGCGACUUCUUGGAUGUGCUGACUAGGUCCGACACGAGCGCCACACAACAUGAUCGUGCAAUUCAGGUGUUUGGGCAAACUGUUCAACGACCACCUGCCCCAGCCCCCAUGAACUUGACCAAAGGUUGCUUUAUGAACCAUUGGCGGCUUGCAAUGGCUUGCAUGACAUUGGCAAGACGGCAUUGGGCGCCAGGCGUGCCUGAAUCUCAAUGAGGAUAGCCCUCAUUCUGGGGCUGGCUUUGACUGGCCUGCACAUGUUGGCUCUUUUGAGGACUGCAACCACUGCAACCAGGUCAACCAAGUCCACCAGAUCCACCAGGUCCAGUUCAACCAUCAAGGCUGAGGCUCCCAUGAAGCCGAGCAGCGCUUUAGCGACCUCCCCCAGCACCUUGCCGACCUGCGUGCGACGCAUGGCCGCUGCGUUCAGAGGACAAGCCGCUCGAUAUGGACUGAGAAGCCAGGAGGCAGCCAGCUAUUCUCACGUGCAGUCAUUGAAUGCUUUUCGAGAUCUGGGCUUUGAAGUGCACGCUUUUUUGGCCACAACUACCGACUCUUCUUCGACGCUGAGGGUCUUGAAAAGCAUAUACCAGCCACUUGAAAUUGGAAUUGUUGAUGUUGCAAAAUGCCGAGGCAAGCCAAGCUAUUGCUACCAAGUUGCUGCCAUGAAGAAAGCAAUUGACUUGAUCCUGGCAACAAGCAUUAAUUAUUCACACGUGCUUUUGUGUCGACUCGACUUGCGCUUGAAAAUGGACCUUCCUUCAACACCAGGCUUGGUGCAAGCAAACUUCACAGCGUGCCCCAUGCCAAUGCAGACGAAACAUACAUACUUUGGAGCCUUCAAGGGCGGAAGAGUGCAAGGGACAACAUACCAGCUGUUGCCCAAAUACGUUUCCGACUUUUUGCUGCUGGCCCCAGCUCAUAUUCUGCAUUGCGUACAAAAUUGGUGGACGAAGGAUCCGCGCCGCUAUAGAACUGCAAAUUGGAUUCGGGCGUGCGACCCCUAUGCCGGAGCGGCCGAGGGAGUUCUGAUCCCCGGUUUCUUCGACGAGGGCGUCAAGGGGCAUUCGAACCCGCUGUACGACAUCCCAGGCCGGCAGCUUCCGGGGAAGUGCGGCCGCGCGGAGGAGUUCCGGUGGUUGGCGUCGCUGAACACCUCGUGCUGCACACGGCGCGGGGACCAGAACUUCUGCCGGGACGGCUGCGACCAGCUGUGCUCGAAAUGCGCGCGGAAGUGCAAUCCGAUGGCCCCGGAGCUGACGUGCUGCGGGAAGGGACCCUCCAAGCUCUUGCCCCUCGGAGAGGCGACCUUGGAGAAGGAGUGGUGGUUGGUAGCGCCCUGGCCGGCCUAGGCCUUUGGGCCUUCGCGUCAGAGGCACGAGCCCGCUGGUGAGUUGGCAAAGUGGCGCUGGUGUGGGAAGUUGAGAGAAAGGGAUGCCAAAAUGAAGGCAGUCCUUUGCGAACAAUGAUUCGCAUUCGGCAAUUCUGAUACUUAGGUUGUCUCAUACGGUUGGCUUUCGCCC